CUUUUGAAAGAGUGCGUAAUAGCUCACUGAUCGAGCGCUCUUGCGCCGAAGAUGAACAGGGCUAAGCGAUCUGCCGGUUUCAACACUCAUAUAUGGAAGAAAGUAGAGAAGUACCUUCUAAGCAACAAAGGCUCGAAUGGUGACGAGUUGUGCGCUUCCUUAUUGAUAACUCCGCUUCUCUUCUUCUUCUUCUUCUUCGUCUCUGCGCUCAUCGCCAAAGCUAGGGAACCCCUCGAAUCCACCGCCAUGCCGGGCCUUGUCACCCCUCCAGAAGCCCCGCCUCUUCGGAUCUCCCUCCCUGACGGCGCCGAUCCCCAGAUCCGCCCCGAUCCCGAUGCCCCUGACAACAAGAUCGCCAGAUCCCCAGUGCCGCGGAGAAACCCCUCGCCGUCAUCAUCCCGAGUCAAACCCUCCCCAAAGCGCCCCAUGCCGAGAGUGGAGGAGGCGGCUCUGGAUAACCCGGAUCUGGGGCCGUUCUUAUUGAAGCAAGCGAGGGAUACAAUCGCGUCGGGGGAGAGCCCGGCGAAGGCGCUGGAGUUCGCGAUCCGAGCAUCGAGGUCGUUGGAGAUGUGCGCGGGCGAUGAUGAUGGGAUGAGACUGGAACUGGCGAUGAGCUUUCAUGUCACAGCCGCUAUAUACUGUAGCCUGGGGAGGUUUGAGGAGGCGGUGCCGGUGCUGGAGAAGGCUGUGGGCGUGCCGGACCCUGCGCGCGGUGCGGACCACGCCCUCGCGGCGUUCUCCGGCCACAUGCAGCUCGGAGACACGUACUCGAUGCUCGGGAGGCUGGAUCAGUCCAUCGGUGCAUAUACGAAGGGCCUGGAGAUCCAGAUCCAGGCUCUCGGAGAUGCCGACCCCCGCGUCGCCGAGACUUGCAGGUACCUUGCGGAAGCCCAUGUCCAGGCCAUGCAAUUUGACGCGGCGGAGGAGCUCUGCCGGAAAACACUCGAGAUACACCGGGAACACAGUGCUCCGGCUUCCGUUGAAGAGGCUGCCGAUCGCCGCCUGAUGGCUCUCAUCUGUGAGGCCAAAGGAGACUCAGAGGCUGCCCUGGAGCACCUUGUGCUUGCCUCAAUGGCUAUGAUCGCCAAUGGCCAGGAGGCAGAGGUUGCCGCCAUCGAUGUCAGCAUUGGCAACACCUACCUUUCCCUUGGCCGCUUUGACGAGGCCGUCUUUUCGUAUCAGAAGGCUCUUACCGUAUUCAAGUCCACCCGUGGUGAUUCCCACCCUUCUGUUGCUUCUGUCUUUGUCCGCCUUGCUGAUCUCUAUUUGAAGACUGGCAAGCUCCGUGAAUCCAAGUCAUACUGCGAGAAUGCCCUUAGGAUUUAUGCCAAGCCUGUCCCUGGUACCACUGCUGAGGAGAUAGCUGGAGGUUUGAUGGAGAUAUCCGCUAUUUAUGAGGCUGUGAAUGAGCCUGAAGAGGCUUUGAAGUUGUUGCAGAAGGCUCUGAAGCUUUUGGAAGACUCACCAGGGCAGUGGAGCAUGGUGGCUGGGAUUGAGGCUCAGAUGGGAGUCAUGUAUUACAUGGUUGGGAGGUAUGCGGAGUCAAGAAGCUCAUUUGGAAAUUCUGUGGCCAAACUGAGAGCUAGCGGGGAGAGGAAGUCGGCUUUUUUUGGUGUCUUGCUGAACCAGAUGGGGUUGGCAUGUGUGCAGCUGUUUAAGAUUGAUGAAGCAGCUGAACUUUUUGAGGAAGCCCGAGGAAUCUUGGAGCAGGAGUGUGGUUCAUACCAUCAAGACACUCUGGGGGUGUACAGCAAUCUUGCUGCAACUUACGAUGCUAUGGGCAGGGUUGAAGAUGCAAUCGAAAUCUUGGAAUACGUGUUGAAGGUGAGAGAAGAAAAACUUGGCACAGCAAAUCCAGAUGUAGAUGAUGAGAAGAAGAGGCUCGCCGAGCUCUUAAAAGAAGCUGGCCGAGCUAGAAACCGGAAGGCGAAGUCCCUUGAAAACCUUCUUGUUAACAACACACAGAAGGUGAAGAAGGAAGGAACCAAAAGGUGGGCAGGAUUGAGUUUCAAGAGUUAAAAAGAUGCAAAAUCAACCCCACCACCUAUGUAAGAUAAAAAACCAUGUGUGAAGUUGAGGUUAGGAAUCUGAUGGGACUGUUCUUGCUUGCACUUCUAAUCAUUUAUUUUCUCUAUAAUCUUCUGAUUUCUGCUCUCUUGUUCAUUUUUUUUUAUAUUCUAUGUUUGUGUGUUGUGAGAAAAAGCCCAUAAAUGUGUAAAAUUCUGUGAUUCUUGAUGAAUAAAUAUUUAUGGUUGAGCA